AUGGCUGAGAAGGCAACCAUCUCGGUGCUCUGCUCUGGAAAUGGCUCCAACUUGCAAGCCUUGAUUGACAACUGCGCAAGCGGUGUCAUACCGGGACAGAUCAUCAAAGUCACCGUGGACAAGAAGGACGCCUAUGCUGUGAAGCGGGCCGAGGCUGCGGGUAUCCCAACCGACUACUUCAACAAGGUCAAUCAGAAAUUUGUCGCCGCGGGAGAAAAGGACCCUGAGAAAGUAAAAGAGGGACGUUCCAGGUACGAUGCCGCGCUAGCCGAGAGGAUACUCAAGGACAAGCCGGAGCUCGUCGUCCUGGCGGGCUUCAUGCACGUCUUCAGCGCAAGCUUCCUGCGACCCUUGGCAGAGGCCGGUGUUGACAUUAUCAAUCUUCAUCCUGCCAAGCCUGGCUGCUACGAUGGUGCUGGGGCCAUCAAGAGAGCCUAUGCCGACUUUCAGGCUGGCGUGCUUCCGAACAACACAACUGGAAUCAUGGUCCACCAUGUUAUCGAGCAGGUAGACCGAGGUUCCCCCAUCCUGGUGAGAGACGUCGUCAUUGAAGCCGGUGAGAGUCUGGAGCAGCUUGAGGCCAAGAUGCACGGAGUCGAGCAUGAGUUGAUUGUGGAGGCUACUGCCAUCAAGGCAAAGGAGGCUAUUGCCAAGAGAGCGUCUUCAUGA